UGAUAGAUGUUUGACAAAUGUGUCAGAACUGUCAGGACCUAAAAUUGUUGUUUUGAUGCUCAGAUUUUAUGUUUGUCAAUUUAAAAAAGUCACAAUUCCAAAAUGGACAUGCUCCAUGGCAUCAUUACCACCAAGAAGAAAUCCAACUCCAACAAAAAUCUCGAAACAGAAUCUUACUCCAUUUCAAAUAUUAUUGCAAAUGGGUUUUCCUAAACACAGAGCAGAAAAAGCCUUAGCUGCUACGGGCCACAGAGGAGUACAGCUGGCCUCGGACUGGCUUUUAGCUCACGUAAAUGAUCCACUUCUAGAUGAUAAUUCACCUAGAGAAUACAUCCUUUACGUUUGUCCAACGGGGACGUUCCUCAACCAAUUACAGUCGUUUUGGUUAAAGUCAUUUAAUUUGUGUGGAUGGAAUGGAGCCCACAAUUUCACACCUCACAUUACCUUAGUCUCAUUUUUUAAAGCCCCUGACGAGGACGCUCUCCAUCUUGCGCUGAGUCUUAAGACAGUCAUGGAACGACAGGGAGCUGUACUAAAUGAAUCUCUUAAACUAGAAAGUUACAUGUCGCCAAACUUUAUGGGCUUUUUUGUAGCUGAGGAGCAUGCAGAUUACUUAAAGAGAAUUGCUAUGCAGUAUGUUAAGGAAGUAUCAAAUGCUAUUAUUAGUGACACUUAUGAGCAGUUUGAUGCUCUGACUGCUUGUUUUCCCUGGUGUACGACCACUACGGCUCGCUGUAUCCCAAGGGGCAGCAGAUCUAUCAAUUUGGAGCCUCAUGUAAAAUCACUACAUCUUACACUGGCCUAUCAGUUUCCUAAUUCACAAUAUCAACAGCUAAAGGCUCUUGUAGAGGAGUUAGAUUCUAAUGUUUCGUGCAACUGGGAGCUGAGGUUGUAUUCAAGAGACCCUAGAAUUACUGGCAAGCAAGUAUACAAGGUUAUUCAUCCGUACACUCCCACAGAAUGUGAUGAACUUGAGCUGAGAACAGGUGAUUACUUAUAUUUAAGCAGUGAGGCCUUGGCAAAUUCCCCUGAUUGUUGGGUGGAAGGGACAUCUUGGUUAACAGGCCUAUCAGGUUUAUUACCAGAAAGUUAUACAGAGAGGACCGCAGAGUCUGAUGCCUGGACCUUACACAAGAAAGUGUCAAUAAACAGUGUGACACCUACUGCAAAUCCAAAGCAAGUUGAGCUUAAAUCAUCAGGUGCAUCUUCUGCAUCAAAUUCUAGUAUUGAGCCGUCAGUAUUAAAUAAUGAAGAGGUUUCAGCACCUUCACCGCCUAUAGUACAAGAGAUUGAGAUGGAAUUGGGAUCAAUCAAGGAGAAUUUUUAUGAGAAUCUCAUUGACAUUCAAAGACACAUAAUGGCAGAAGAUGUUGUAGGGGAACCGACAUAUCGUAAUGUCUUUAUUAUGAGACAUGGUGAGCGUAUAGAUUUCACUUUUGGCAGUUGGGUACCUUAUUGUUUUGAUGAGACGGGCAAUUAUGUUAGAAAAGACUUAAAUAUGCCCAAAUUAUUACCAGAACGAAAAGGUGGUCAAAAAGCUUAUGCCAAAGAUUCUCCUCUAACAAACAUGGGAAUGUUUCAAGCUAGAUUAGUGGGGGAGACACUCAAAGAUCAGAAUAUUACCAUUGAUCAUGUUUAUUGUUCGCCAUCUUUUAGAUGUGUUCAGACGUGCGACUCGGUCUUACAAGGAAUGCACAGAAAGAAUGAACUGCUGAUCAAAAUUGAACCAGGGUUAUUUGAAUGGAUGGCAUGGUAUCCUCCAGAAACAGUGCCAGAUUGGAUGACACCAGAAGAAUUGACCAAAGCAGGCUAUAAUAUAGACGAAAAUUACGUUGCUAUGGUAUCGGAGCAGGAAAUAAAAGACAGCCGAGAAAAUUGUGAACAAUUCUAUCUCAGAAGUGCCUUUGUAACCAGAAGUGCGUUAUCGUCUGACCCAAGGGGAAAUGUGUUAUUGGUUGGUCACACAGCGACUUUGGACACCUGUUCAAGAGAAUUAAUAGGAAAAAAGCCCAGAUCAGGCAGUGAAAUGACUAAAGUGAUUCAGAAAAUUCCUUACUGUAGUAUGGCGCUAGUAAGGGGUAAGGAGGAUAAGUGGGAGCUUCAUGAACCCCCUUGUUUGCCUUUGACGCACUCUGUUAAUCAGAGAUUCGAUUGGAAGGUUCUUCUGUAGGAAAACUAUGGGUUUUUGUUGUUUUUCAAGGAUUAAAGAGAUUAAGUGUACAAGCAUUAUUUUCUCAAAUUAUCAGUCUUGUUUUAAGUUAAUUUGUACAAAUUAUAAUUAUUGUUGUUUAUAACUUAAUAUUUAAUGUAAGCUGGGAUGUUUAUGUCCUACAUAAUCAAAACUUAUAUAUUUUCAGCAAUAUUCAAAAUAUUUCAGAUUUUAUAAAAACCAAAGCUUCUUUUUAUAUUUACAUAAUAUGUGAAAAAUAUAUUGAAAGAAAAUAAACACUUAUUAACU